ACUAAGAACUAGGGUUUUCAUUUAAAAAGGGCAAAACAAAAGGAUGCAAAAAAGAUCCAGUUGUCGGAGGCGCAGAGUAGAGCAGCAGAGAAGAGAGAAAACGGCACUGCAGCCGUAGAAGGAAAACCGACCAUGGUGCACGUCUCCUUUUACAGGAACUAUGGUAAGACGUUUAAGAAGCCCCGCCGUCCGUACGAGAAGGAGCGUCUAGACGCGGAGCUGAAGCUGGUGGGGGAGUACGGGCUGCGGUGCAAGAGGGAGCUGUGGAGGGUGCAGUACGCGCUCAGCCGCAUCCGCAACAACGCGCGGAAUCUCCUUACCCUCGACGAGAAGAACCCGCGCCGGAUCUUCGAGGGCGAGGCUCUUCUCCGCAGAAUGUUCCGCUACGGACUCCUCGACGAGACUCAGAACAAGCUCGAUUACGUCCUCGCCCUCACCGUCGAGAAUUUCCUCGAGCGCCGCCUUCAGACGCUCGUCUUCAAAUCCGGGAUGGCCAAGUCCAUUCACCACGCCAGGGUUCUCAUCAAGCAGAGACAUAUCAGGGUUGGGAGGCAAGUGGUGAACAUCCCAUCUUUCUUGGUGAGGGUUGACUCACAGAAGCACAUUGACUUCUCACUUACAAGUCCCCUUGGUGGCGGACGCCCUGGAAGAGUGAAGAGAAGAAACCAAAGGGCUGCUGCUAAGAAGGCCGCAGGUGGAGACGGAGACGAGGAAGACGAGGAUUAGACUGUUCAUUAUGUCUUUCUCUAGUGCUAUUAGAUCUUAUGCCACCUUUUACUUUGCCUACCUAAUCGAUUUUGGUUGUUAUACAUUUUCAUCCUUUGGUUCCCUUGUUUGAGAAAAUAUUAAGUGGUGACAUAUUAUGUUUUUGUGAAUUUGGAUAUUUUAAAGUAUCAAGAUUUUCCAUUAAAUAAUUUUUGAUGAUCA